AUGAUCUAUUUCUCGUUUAAUGAACAACUUUAAUCAAAACUCAGAAAAAAGUAUUUUAAAUAAAAACAAUCAAAUAAUAUUGAUUCAUUUAAAAAAGAUAAAGGUUAAAUUUAAAAUAUUGAAAAAAAUAAUCAAGAAAUAAUGAAGAAAGAUCAGAACCAGAAGAAAAUUUAAUAAAAAAUGAAAAAAGUAAAUUAAAUUAUAAUAUAAAUUUUAUAAAUUUUCAUGUCAUCCCAAGAUGCUUACUAAAGAAAAGAUUACUUGAAAAAAAAAUCGACUAUGAUUGUGCCUAAGAAGUCAAGAUUUGAUAAAAAAUGCGAAGUAUUAUAGAAACCCCUAGAAAUCUACAAAACCUUUAUAAAAACAUUAUUAGGAUUUGAAUUAGAAGAAGAGGAGGAUUUCAAUUAUAAUUGCAAUUUAAUGAAUUUCAAAAAAAAUCUUAGUGAAGAUAUUGAAAUAUUUCCUGACUGCGUAAUUAGGUUUCAUUACUAAUCAUUAUUUAUUUAGUCUAAUAAACCCAGACUAUAAAUACAAGAAUGAGAAUCAAAAUUAAUAUUUGGUGGGUACAAGCAUCGAACUAUUUGAAUUCCUCCAAUCAGGAUUAAGAAUUAAUUAAAAAUCACUCGAUGAUUUACUGUUAUUGAAAGCGAUCGAGUCAAUAUAUUUUAAUUUGCCUGUAUAUGAUCCAUAUUAUCAUCAAAAAAAGGACCCGACCGUUCUUUUAACCGAAGAUAAUCAAGAAUAAAGAAACAUUAGAGAUAAAGAUUACCAAUAACAAAUUUUAUUAGCAGACAAAUCUGACAUUAGGUAUAAUCAGAUUGAUAAAAAUGGUACUUAAACAUAAUUAGAUAGAAAUAAUUAAGAACUACGUAUCUUAAUUAGAGAAAUCGUUUCAUACUUUGCUUUAAAAGGAUAUUCAUGGAAAUAUAAUGGAUUGUCUAACAUUAAAUUAUAAAGAAUUAAAAUAGACUUCCUUAAGAAAAUGGAGAAGUGGUUAAUAUUUGGAAAAUUAAAAUGAUUUAUGGUUAAGAACAGGGUUUCCAACUCAAGAUGUUUCUACAUUAAUUAGAAAUGCUUUGAUCAUAAAAUUAAAUAAAGUAGGCUUUAAAAUAUAAUCAUUUAUUUCUAGUGAAGGCCACAAGAUUUUUAUUAUGUUAAAUAUGUAGGAUUCUAAUCUAAAAAUAGUUGCUGAUUAAAGCCAUGUAUUGAAGCCAUUAAAUUUUUGGUUUAUAGAUUUAUUUUCUUUAGAGCCUGUUGAUAAAUCAUUUAGACCCUUAAGAAUAAAUAAUAGAUUAUGGAAACCUUAGGAUUAUGAUGUUUCAGAUUUAUUUUUAUAUUUAAGACCAUAAAUGAUAAAAUUAAUUCAGCAAAUUAAUUUCAAGCGAAUAGCAAGAGAAACUAAUUAAAGUUCAAUCAAUUCAUAACUAUUUGAAUAUGGUAAAUUGGAUUUUAGUGAGAAAGAUGAUGGACCUACUGAUGAAGAAUGGAUAGCUUAUCAUAAAUAUUUGACUCACUUAGAAAAAUGUAUUAGAUAAUUUAGAUAAAAUUAAUUAAUUGAUAAUGAAUUAGCUACUUUAAUAAAUAAAUAAAUAACUCCUCUUUAAAUUUAUUAGAAAAGAAAUUUAUAGGAUAAAGAAAUAUAAAAUCUUAAUUAUUAAAAUUUAAAUGAGCCUAUAAAUUAUGAACACUUGGAAAUGAUAAAUUAAAUUGAGAAAUAAGCAGAAAGAGUUAUGGAUGAAUUUUCAAAUUUUUAAUUCUCAUUAUAAAUUCCAAAGGUUAAGGCAUUAAAAUUAUUAAAAAAGGAAUCAGUAUCAUUAAAUUACCUUUUUUCAUUUUAAGAGGCAUUGUAAGUGGCAAAUGGAGAGUAACUAAAAUUAUAUAAUUUAUGGUAAAGAUCAGAAAUACCACCUUUUGAUAUGUAUCACCCUUAUUAAAUGCCAAAUAAAGAAAAUACAAAAACUUAUCAAGCAAAAUAAGAAUUAAGCUGGAGAAAAUAUGUAAAAAAUGAAAACAAUCAGAUUUCAUUAUUUUCAUCUUAAGAAAGAUUAAAAUUAGUUUAUUAGAAGGUAUCUUAAGAAUUAGACCUUAGUAUGUUACAUUAAUUAGGUAUAAUUAGAUAGAUAUUUUGUUUAAAUGAUCAUUAUGAAUUAUUUGGAUAAUGCAGUAACAUAUAAGCUUAAAUAACUUUGGACACAAGAUUUUUUAAAAAGAAGCCAUUUUAAUUGAUAGAUGAAUGGAAAUUGGAUUAUUUAAAACCUUGGAUUAGUCCUUGUGAUUUGAUUUGUGGAUAUUAUGGAGAAAAAAUAGGUCUCUAUUUUUAUUUUAUGAGUUAUUUCACUGAAAUGACUACUCCAAUAGCUUUUACAGGUCUUGCUUGUAGCUUAAUUUAAUGGAUUAUAUGGGAUAAUGAAAGCGAUUUUUAUAUUUUGAUUACUAUCAUAUUUGCUUUUUUGUAAAUUUAAUGGAGUAAUAUAUUUACAGAUUUAUGGAAAUAAAAAUAGAUGUAUUUUAAUUUAAGAUAUGGUUAAACUAAUAAAGAUGAAUAAUAAGUUUAAAGAUCUAAAUUUUAAGGUAAGCAUAUUAGAUCCUUAGUGAAUGAUCAAUUAAAUUCUAUUGAAGUAUUAUUUAGUGAAUAUGUGAAAAGAACAAUCAUUAGUUCAACCUUACUAUUUAUUUUUAUCUUAUUUUAUAUUGGAAUUAUAGUAUCUUUAUUUACAUUUACUGUUGUAUUGCAUAAUUAAUAUUCAUAAGAACUUUAAUAAUUCGAUAUAGCUACUAUAGAAGUUACAUCUGCUGCAGCAAUGAAUUUUAUUGCAUAAUCUAUUGCAGAUAUGAUUUUUGAUAAAAUUGCUGGAUAAUUAACAGAGUAUGAGAAUUAUAAAACUGUAGAAGCAUAUGAAACUAGCUUUGUUUUAAAGAAAUUCAUUUUUUAAUUUUUUUCUUAUAUAGCUCCACUUUUAUUUUUAGAUUAUUUGAAUAAGCCUCUUAAUUUAUAUUGUUCAAUCACAAAUUGUGAAAAGCAUGUUAAAUAUUAUUUUUCAACUAUUGUAAUUUUAAUUUUAUUUAAACAAUUUUUAAAAUUUGGUGUCUUUUUAUAUAAAUUAAAAAAAUUUCAAAUAAAAAACUAUGAUUACAAUGAAAAUGAUAUAAUGGAAUUUGUUGAAGAAUAAUCAUCAAGAUAACCUUAUUCUGAAGAUUUUGAAAGAUAUGGAACUAUGUAAGAUUAUAUGGAGUUAUUUGUUCUUAUUUCUUUUUUAAGUAUUUUUGGAUAUACAUUUCCAUUUAGCUUUUUUAUUUUAUGGAUUUCUAAUAUAAUGCAAAUAUAAGUUAAAAAGAACACUUUUUUAAAUUGUUUAUAAAGACCUUGGCCAAAAAAUGAAAGCUCUUUAGGAAUUUGGAAUCAUUUUCUAGAAAUUAUUAGUUUGCUUUGUUUAUUAAAUAAUACAGGUGUUGUAACAAUAUAAUAUAAUAAAUAAUAUGGUUAUGAACUUAUUCUUGUAUUUUUAUCUGUUUUAAUCUUUAAUUGCUUUUGUAAAUUUGUUAUAGGUAUAAUAUUUGGAUAGAUUCCAGAUACAUUAAGUGAUAUUAUGAAAAGGCAUAAAUAUUUGAUUAAAGCAACAAUUCAAAAUAAAAUUAAAUAAGGAAAAUCUUAAGAUAAUAAAGAAGCCUUAAAAAGAUUUCCUAUUUUAAAAGUGUAUGGCACAUUAAAUUCUGCAGAAUCUGGUAAAUUUGAAACUGUUAGUUCUGAUGAUGAAUUACAUCAUCAUUAUGAAAUUCCAGAUAUAAAAUAGAAAUUGAAUCUUAUUAAAGUAGAAUCAUAUACAAAAAACUUAGAUAAGUAAUAUUUGGGUGAAUUUUAAUUUACUAAAAUUCUAGAGUACUUUAAUGUCAGAGAAUAAAAUUGGGCCUUCAAAUGUAUUUUUUAGUAAUAAACAGAAAAACAAAAAUUAAGACUAUUAUUAAAAAUUUAUUCUUUAUUAUACAAAGCUUAAGUUUUGACGAAAUAUAGAUAACUUUGGACAGAUAGAAGAAUAUCUUAAAGAUUUAUACACAUGAGAAGAAAAAUAAUUUAAUUAAGAAACUUAGAUUACAGAAGAUUUUUAAUAAUCUCCUAAAAACUUAGUUAAAUGAAAACUUAUUAUGAUGAAAAAGCUCAAUAAAAAUUUAGAAAAGAUUUUCAAUUAAUUGGAUAAUAGGAAGAUGAAAAUGGAGAUGAAAAUGUUGAAUAUACAAAUUUAGUUAAAAAAUAUUAGAAAUAUGUUGAGAAACAUGCAUGGUUAAAUACAAGAAAAGUAAUUAUGCUAAAAAUAAAAGCAAUGACUUUUAAAGGAUUUAGAAAAUAAGUUGUAAAGAAACCAUCAUUGUAAUUAAUUUAAGAAUUUUAUAAAAUUAAUUAAAUUAUUGAGGAUCUUGAACCAGAAAAUCCAUUAUAAUUAGAAUUAGAUUCAUAAAUAGAUUAUUCUAAUUUAGAAAGAACUAAAUUUUCAGAUUUUAUUGAUAUAUUCAGUAAUAUAUAGUUAAUGUAAACAUAAUUAUUUAUUUUAAGUUAAAAAACAUAAUGGUUUUUACCUCUUAGUUCUAAAAGAAAUAUAUCAUCAAAUUAUUUUAUAGAAGAGAUGAAAUCAACUGAAUUCAAAAAUAUUCUUGAUUCAUGUAAAGAUUCUUCCAUUUUUUAGAAACCAACAACAGUUUUAGAAGAUAUAAUACUCUCCUAUUUUUAAAUUGAAUAAUUUCCUAUUCCUUAAAUCAAAUUUAUCAAGCAUAUGCAUGAUAAUGUUUGGAUAGUCAAAUUUGGUUCUACUGAAACAAUAUCUUUGUUGCAGUUUUUUUAAAUAAAGCAUGGAGAAUAGAUUCAAUUUUAAAAGUAUACAGAUAAUCAUGAAGGGAUAUUAUAUACAGAAAGCAAGACAUAUUAUAAAAUGGCUAAUAUUGUAGAUUAAAUAGAUGACUUUUAUAUAAAAGGUUAUUGUAUUUGUGUUUACAAUGCUUUUGAACCUAAAAGCUUUUUAUAAGUUUUAAAAUACAGAAAAACAUAUGGAAUUCCAUAUACAGAAGCAGAAAUUAAAUAAUUUCUCCAUGCAUCUUUAAACCUAUUAAAGAUUAAUGAUUUUAAGAGUUUAUCAAGCAGAAAUAUUUUCUUAAUUAGAGGUGAGUAUCAUAUUUUAAACUCAACAACGAAAUAUCAUUCUUUUUUUGAAUUGGGUAAAAUUGUUUUAGAGAUGAUUUAUUUAGAAGAAAUAGAAAAUGUUAAACCUUAUUUCGAUAAAUUAUAACAUCCUUUAAAAUGGUUAAUUAAUGAAUUAUUAUUUUUAGAGGAUAAUCUUUAGAAGCUUCAAGAUUAUAUAUAAAAAUAAUAUUGUUUUGUUGACAUUAAAUUUGAAGUUGAGCAUCAUUAGAAAUAAUAAUCCAUUUAAGGAAUAUCAUAUUAAACUUUUACUUGGUCAAAACUUCAUAAAAUAAACUUAACUUUUAGAAUGAAAUAAUUUCAUGAUACUUUAUUAUUAACUUAAGAAUAUGAAAACUUUAUUUAGAAAGAAGUUUUUGAGGUUAAUGAAAACACUUUUUCUUACUUUUGUCUGAACUUAAUAGAAGAGUUAAAUUCUUAUUUGUUAUCAUCACAUUCUCUCAAAAGAAAUCUUGAUAUGAUUUUAAUUUAUUAUUAUUAGAUAGCUACAAAAAUUCAAUUAAAAAUUGAUGUAACAAAGUAAUUAGAUUAUUUUAUAGAAAUUUUAAAAAAACUAACAAUAGAAUUAAGACUUAUAAUAAAGCAGUUAACAUCAAAUAUUAAUGUAGCUAAUUUAAAUGAAACAGAACAAUGCAUAAUUUUAAAAACUAUAUAAACUACUACUGAGCAAUUUUCAUAAUUAUUAUCGAAGUAGAGACAAUCUUUACUUAAAUAAUUAAGAAAAAAUCCUAAUCUUAUUGACAAUAUAUUAGUUUUUGAAUAGUAAGUAAAUCGAUUUUUAAAUCAAUUUUAUGCUUUAUUUGCUUUAUAAUAAUAUUUUAGUGAACAUUAUGAGUUUGCUAAAUUAGCAAUUUCUACAAUUAUUGAAACUUAAUAAAAAUUAAUGCGCAGAUAAAAGCUUCCUGAAAUUUUGAGUGAAGCUUAAGAAUUAAGUCCAAGUUAAUUCAACUUUGAUUAAUUAAGUCCUGGUAUGGAAAGGGAUGAUUAAGAAAUAGUUGAAGAAGAAAUAUGGGUCUUUAAUAUUAACUAAGAAAUUAAAACUAAUCCUUUAUACGCAGUCUAAUAUAUAUACUAUCUUUACUUGUAAGUAAUUAUAUUACAUGAUUGUAAAAAUGAAUUAUUUCAUGUUAAGUUGUAAGAAUUUAUUAAUUAUAACUUUGAAGAUAUUCCAGCAUAUACUUAUUUUUAAAUCUUGAUUUCUUCUCUUUAUGUCGAUUUUUAAAUCAAUCAAAAAAAUUCUUAAUUUUUCUAAAUAGAGUCGUAAUGUGAAUUAGGAAGAUAUAAUAUUCUGUAAAUUAAAGCUAAAAUUGAAAAUAAACAAUAUACAGAGUCUGAAUUAGAAGAAUCUACUAAUUUAGAGUAUAAUUGGAGAUAAAUUUUUUCAUAUAAUAAUUUGAAAUGUAAUGCUAAAAACAAAACUACUCUACUUUAUAUCUUAAAUUAAACUUCAACUAAUGAAUAAAUGAAAAUACUUUUGAAUAUUAAAAUAAUUCAUUUUCUUUUAAAAUUGUAUGAUUAUUGUCCAAUCAAUUUGAAGUAAAAAAUUAGUAUUUUAAAUAAAGAAUAAUUAGGCUAAAUAAAUUUAGAAGACACAUCUAAAAUAAUUUAAUUACAACAAUUACAUAAAAACUUUAAGUUAGGAGUAAAACUAGAUUAUUUUUCUCAUUAAAAUACCGAACACUCCUCAUGGCUAUUUCAUUAGGGACUUGUUUAAUUAAGAAUAUUUAUUUAUUAAUCUUAUUGUUAUUGUUAUUCGAAGAAACAUUUAGAAAAUAUUGUUUCAUAUAUUGAUUAUUAAGAUGAAAUAUACACCUAAAUUUCUAAAUUAAUGAUUUAAGGAGAUUCUACAUUCUCAAAAGCAAAAAAUUAUUAAAUUCUUCAACGUCCAAUUGAAAAUAUGUUAAUUAAUCUUUAAGCUGAUUAUUAUGGAUAUCAUUAAUAUUUUUUGGCACAUUCAAGAAUAAUGCUUUAAUAAAAAAAAAAAUUAAGUUAAAUCUAUAACAGUUUUGAACAAUAUAUAAAUGAGACCUUUAAAAAUUCAAUAUUUGUUUUAGGACUUAUAUAAAUAUAUUAUGAAUUUGAAGAGCUUGAUAUGGCAAACUUAAUAAUUUAUUUUAGUAAGAAAUUAUUAGAUGCAAAUGCAAUUAUCUUUAAUGAUUAACAUGAAGGAUUCAAAAAAGAUUUAUAGAUAAUAGAAGCAAUUAUAAAAUAAAAAAGUUCUUAGAUGAUUAAAAGUCCAUAUAAUAGAUUAUAUCAUAGAAAUAAUUAUAUCGAUUAUUUUGAAGAUGAAACUUUAAAUGCAAGAUAUUUUGUUUUUAAUUUACCUUAUUAUUUUAAUAUUAAAUUUUCGCAAUCAAUUAUAGAAGACUUUAUGACAGUUAGUUAUAUUAAGUUGUGUUUGCCUUUAUAAUAAAUUUUGAGAACUGCCUAUUGUUCAAUAAAGGCUGAAUGUGGAGAUGAAGAAAUCCUAUCAUAAUUAAAAAUGUAUAAAUAAAUAUAAUUUUAGUGUAGUAGAAUAUAAAUUUUAAGAAGGAAGUUUAAUUUGGGCAUUUCAUUGUCAUUUUAUGUGUAGAUAUUAUAUUGCUAUGAUUGAUAUGGAAAAGGCUUAUGAUUAUUCAGUUUCAUUAUUGUCAUAUCUACAUUAACUUGAUCUUCAAUAAGGUUUUUAUAUUAAGGAAAAUAAAAAUGGGUAUAAAAAUAAUUUUGUAAUAUUUACUAUUUAUUUAUUAGAUUUGUUUUUAAUCAGAAAAGAAUAUUAUCAAACAAAUUUGUUAGCCUACAAACCUUACAAUAAAAGAAUCAAUUGAAGAUGCUUUAUUUGAUAAUGUUAUUGAUGAUUUUUUUGUAGCAGAAUGUAUAAUAAAUCAUUUAGAGAUAUUAUCUAAAAGUCAAUUUUAAAUGCCAAAAUUAACUUUAUUACUCCAAUUUUAAUUGAAAUUAUAAAAUGAAAGACAUAAAAUUUAAUUUUGGAAUAUAUUGGCACAUGUUUUAACUAGAAUAGGAAGAGAAAAUUUAAUUGAGGAGAUUUUGAAAUAAAUAUAAGAUGUAAGAAAAGAUCGUCUUUAAUAAUUAAAAGAAAUUAGAAGAUUGAGUAAAAAAAAACGAAAUGCAAAAAUAUUAUUAAGAGAAAUUACUUAAGAAGAAUUAGAAGAAUUUGAUCAUUAAAAUAAUUUAAUUAGUUUUUAAAUAAGUAUAUAUAAAUUAGAUGAAAAUUCAAAGGAAAUGAUAUUUAGACUUUUAUCAUGUUAAGCUGCUGAUAGAGCUUUAACUGGAUAUUUAAAUUAAUGUAAAGACAAAACAAAAACAAACAAACAUUAAAUAAGUUAGUUGAAAUUCUUAAUAGCAUAAAAUUAUAUUUAUUUAGGUUAAAUUGGAGAUGCUACAAUAACUUUAAGUGAUGCAGAAGAUUUAAUAGUUGAAUGGUUUGGUAAGAUUAAACAUCCAAUAAAGGGUCUUUAUUUUUAUUAUUUGGGUUAAAUGAAGAUUUUCUUUUAUGAAGAAAUCAUAAAGAUUAUAUAAAUUUUUAUUGAAUAAGAUGCAUUUAAUAUAUAAGAGAUGAAAUUACUUAUUUAAGGAUUAGCAGUAAUGAAAUCUUAAUUAUGGAGAUAAAUAGAUAUGUUUAAAAAAGGUUAAAUCUAAAGUUUUAUUCCUUAUUUUUAAAAUUAUUUAACAGAUUAUGGAGAUUAAUAAACUUUUGAUUGUUUAAAAUGUAAAUAUACAGCAAAUGAUGCCAAAAUUAUUUUAGAUUCAGUUUUAUAAAAUAAUAUGGCAUUUGAUUUAUCAGGAAUAACUGAAUUUAUAGAUGUAAUAAAAUUAAAAAAAUAUUAGGCUGAAAACUGUUUCAAAUUAUUUGAAGCGGAUAAUUUUUUAACUAAAGAGAUUUCAAGCUAGAUUUUUAAAAUUUAGAAUGAGAAAUUAAAAGAACAAACUUAAUGA